AUGUCUCCUAACAUGUUUUCUAAUUUGAAUUUGGGUGCUGAUUCAGAUUCUGCAGUCGGUUUGGCUUUAUGUGAUGUAUUGGACUCACUCACAAAAGGAAACAGUUACACUGAUGUACAAGACAAGGUGUACGGCUUUCAGUCCAGCAUAAGAACUCGUGAUGGUAAACAAUACGAGAAAACUGAGCUUGACCUUGGCCAUAGCGGAAUAGAAUGGAUAAUUCGCGAGUUGGGUUCCACUACAAUAACCAUGAGAGUAUUCUGGCCUGAUGGUAGUGGAAACAUCGGGAAACUUAUUGUAGAACAUAGGGGAGCCAUAAACCCUGAAACUAUGUUGCUUGAUUCUGAGAUGAUCCGGCACACACUCACCUUAAAAGGUGUUCUUCUAGACUUUAUAGAUACACAAAGAGAUGACCAAAAACAAGCAAAUACAUCAACUUUACUCAAGUUGUCUCAACUCGUUCCAUUGUACAACAUGUGGAUCACCAUUCAACUUCAAUCACCCUCCCAUCACUGA